UGGCCAAUGCACCACCGAUGCCUCGUUUUCGUUCGAUCUUGGCUGGUUGGUUGUUUUGCUUUCCGAGUUCAUUCCUGUCCUAACAACGGUAACAGAAACCAACACUUCUAAUCCCACACAGAACAUAAUGUCUGGCGAAGACCAACUCAACGAGGAACAGAUCUCUGAGUUUAAGGAGGCUUUCUCCUUAUUCGACAAGGACGGCGAUGGCACCAUCACCACGAAAGAGUUGGGUACCGUCAUGAGAUCUCUUGGUCAGAAUCCCACUGAAGCCGAGCUGCAGGACAUGAUCAAUGAGGUCGACGCUGAUGGAAACGGAACGAUAGACUUCCCAGAAUUCCUCACCAUGAUGGCUCGCAAGAUGAAGGAUAACGACACAGAUGAAGAGCUUCGCGAGGCAUUCCGAGUGUUUGACAAGGACGGCAAUGGUUUCAUCAGCGCGGCCGAGUUACGGCACGUCAUGACCAACCUCGGCGAGAAACUGACUGAUGAGGAAGUGGAUGAGAUGAUCAGGGAGGCUGACAUUGAUGGAGAUGGACAAGUCAAUUAUGAAGAAUUCGUCAAGAUGAUGACGUCUAAGUAAGCAGCUUUCCAUUCCAUAGUCGGCUACCUUAUUCCACUGAAGCUAACAGAAUAUAUCCAGCUAACAGUUUGUCCCAAUGACGAAAGAAACAUCAUACUGACUUGGGAACUCCACAUUAUCGAUAUUGCCAAUCCCAACUUAACAUUCUAGUGCAAGUAGAGUUAGCAACAUAUUUCAGAACUACUUUUCGUUGCCUUCUGAGGUCCUCGUUAGAAUCAGAUAAAGGAGUACAAGGUCUGUAAUGUCAGUGUCAGUGUUAAGCAUUGAGCUUCUCGCUGACUCAGCACAUUUUCCAUAGGUCACAUUGUGAUGGAGUGUGCUGUUCUCUUAUCCUUCUUGCACUGGCAAUUCGGAUUACUAUGGACAUUAGAGAACUAGAAUACACAGCAGGACCAAGUACAGUCAAGCAAAGUGAUACAAUACUUUGAUCAGAUGUCGCAUCUUUAUUAUUCUUAAUACAAAUCAACAUCGUGUGAAAUUUCAUGUUUUUUUUGUAAGUCUGUAAAUAUCACCGUACCAUUGUUACCGUUGUCAUUUACAUUAAAUGUGACUACAUUGCAUAUCAAUGUAUCUUUAAAACAA